AUGGAGGGAACUUCAGCUGAGGACACAGCGCUGCGUUCACUUCAUGGAAGAGUGGCCAUCGUCACCGGAGGCGCCGGAGCCAUCGGUGGCGCGGUGAGCCGUCACCUCGCUUCGCUGGGGGCCAAGGUGGUCGUCAACUACUUUGGUGACUCUUUCGAUGCCGACCGCCUCGUGGCCGCCGUCAACGACGAGUUCUCAUGCUGUCAACCCCCGCGGGCUAUCGCGGUGCAGGCUAAUGUAACUGACGAGACCCAGGUGAAGGCGCUCUUCGAUGCGGCCGAGCUCGCCUUCGGUCCAGAAGGGAUACACAUCGUCGUGACCUGUGCUGGAGUCAACGACCCUUACAAGAGUCCGCUGGCGGAGUUGACCCCGGAACACUGGGAUCAGAUGUUCCUGGUGAACGCCAAGGGGACCUUCCUCUGCUGCCGGGAGGCAGCGAGGCGUCUCGUCCGUGGGGGCGGCGGCCGGAUAAUAACCAUAUCUUCGUCCACCGUUGACUCCCUCCGGCCUGGCUAUGGGGCCUACGCAGCAUCGAAGGCAGCUGUGGAGGUGUUGACCAAGAUCUUGUCAAGGGAGCUCGCCGGGACGGGGAUCACGGCCAACGCCGUCUCCCCCGGCCCCAUCGUCACGCCCAUGUUCUUCGAGAACAAGUCGGAAGAGGAGGUCAGAAAACGAGUGGCCGACUGCCCGCUGGGUCGGCUCGGAUACCCGGAGGACGUUGCUCGUCUCGUAGGGUACUUGGUCAGCGUCGCCGGGGAGUUCGUGAAUGGGCAAUCCAUCCGAAUCAAUGGCGGGUACAUCUGA